AGUGAUACAGUCACGUGACCGUGACGUCUUACACGUUGUAGACUGGAUACAAACCAAUCACCAUCGUAGCGCGAAACUGGGAGUCGUGACGUCAGGAGGCUGCGCUGCUCGUAUUUCCGCUAUGGUGAUGUUGAUGCCAGUGUGUCACCUGAUAUUGGAGUAGAUGAGAUUCUGCAAUGCCUUCAUUUCGGCAAGUUGGGGAGAAGCAGUUGCCCCAUGAAAUUAUAUUUAUGUCAUGGUCUCCCAAGAGGGAUCUUAUUGCUCUUGUCAACAAAACUGGAGAGGUGUUGCUUCAUAGACUGGCAAAUAUUCAGAGAGUGUGGAUUUUACCCCCUAAUGAGAAUACAGGAAAGGAAGUGACAUGCCUAGCAUGGAGACCUGAUGGCAAAAUCUUGGCGUUUGGCCUGGCUGACACCAAGAAGGUUGUGCUUUGUGAUGUCGAAAAGCCUGAAAGCCUUCAUUCUUUCUCAGUGGAAACAGCAGUGUCCUGCAUGCAGUGGAUGGAAGUAACAGAGGAGAAUAGUGUCUUGAAAUCAUUUUACAAUGCAGAAGAUGAGUCCAGUAUUCUUCUUCCAAGGUUGCCUGCUUUGCCCAAAAAUUACAAUGCCACAGCUAAAAUAUUCAGUGAAGAGAAAUCUGAUGAAAUAAUAAAGCUUUUGGGAGAUGUGCGACUUAAUGCUUUGGUCCUUGGUGGAGUCUCAGGGGAGAUUGAGAUCUAUGCAUAUGGCAUGUACAAGAUUGCAACUAUUACAGAGGUUUUUGGAUCAUGUCUUGGCUUGUGCUUGUCCAGUGAUUUAAGAUCCCUUUCUGUUGUUACUGAGCUGACAACAAACACGACUCCUGAGAUAACCUAUUUUCAACUGGAUACUAGCCUACUGUCUGAAUAUUUACCAGAGGUCACUCGAAUGGCAAGAAAGUUUACCCACAUUUCAACUCUUCUUCAGUAUUUAAAGUUAUCUUUGACUUGUAUGUGUGAAGCCUGGGAAGAAAUUCUAAUGCAGAUGGAUUCUCGACUAACAAAGUUUGUACAGGAAAAAAAUACAACAACUUCUGUUCAGGAUGAAUUUAUGCAGCUCCUGCUCUGGGGUAAAGCAAGUCCAGAGCUACAAGCAUUACUGAUGAAUCAGCUGACAGUUAAAGGGCUAAAGAAACUUGGACAAUCUGUUGAGUCUUCAUACUCAACUAUUCAAAAACUAGUUAUUAGUCAUCUACAAAGUGGUUCGGAGGCUUUAUUGUACCACCUAAGUGAGUUGAAAGGGAUGGCCUUGUGGAAGCAGAAAUAUGAGCCACUUGGGUUAGAUGCCAAAGCAAUUGAAGAUGCAAUAAUGUCCGUGGGUUCCUUCAUUCUUAAAGCAAAUGAGCUUCUACAAGUUAUAGACAGUGGUAUGAAAAACUUCAAGGCGUUCUUUCGAUGGCUGUAUGUGGCCAUGUUGAGGAUGUCAGAAGAUCAUGUUCUACCUGAGCUGAAUAAGAUGACUCAGAAAGACAUCACGUUUGUGGCAGAUUUUCUGACAGAACACUUCAAUGAGGCACCUGACCUGUAUAACCAGAAAGGCAAAUACUUCAAUGUAGAACGUGUUGGUCAGUACUUGAAAGAUGAAGAUGACAAUUUGAUGUCUCCCCCUAGCACAGAAGGGAACCAGUGGUUUAAUUUUCUCCAGAACAGUACACCUCUGAAAGAGAGUCCAUUGCUGUUUCCUUAUUAUCCAGAGAAAUCACUUCAUUUUGUGAAACGACAAAUGGAAGCUGUUAUUGACCAAUGCCUGGCUAAACCCGCUGAUGUAAUCGGGAGGUCUGUUCAUCAAAAACUCAGUAUUCCUUUAUAUUAUGCAUCAAAGAGUGAGGAUUCUUGUCCAAGGCUGAUGUCUCUACCAUCCCUCUGGAAUGAUAAAUCACAGAAUCUGCACUAUGUUAUGUUCCGUAUGAUGGAAGACUCUGACACCAAACUGUUCAUUUUCAGGCAGCCUACAGAUGUUUCAAGAGCUGUGAAUGAAGCAUUUGUUGCUGUGAAAUUUAGAAGGUCCUUAAACAGCAGCACAAUUGAAAAUUCUGAAUCAAUACAUUACAGUUGUCUCGAUGCUCGCUUUUAUGAAGAUGAUGUUCUGACUUUGGUACUAAAAGAUAACACCGAGCCUGAGGGAAAAGACAGGAUUUUAGCUCUUCUUCCACUGUCUUCAGUAUAUUCUGAUGAAACAGAUUGUCACUUUAUUAGAAACACAAGUAAGAGGCUGGAAGAGCAGUGUGCUGACAUUCCCACUCGGACUGUUCACCUGGAAAAUCAGUGGCGCAUGCUGGAGAAUAUUAAAGCUCACUAUGUGUCUGUGAACGGUGUACGCAAAGUUGCAUCUGUGCUAAGUUCCAAUCUGCGACAUGUGCGAGUGUUUGAAAUGGAUGUGGAAGAUGAUGGAGAGGCUGAUGAAGAGGAGGAGGAAGAAGAAUCACAUUCUCAAGACGUAACAGAGGAAGACUUGGAUCAAUCCACAGACGAUGCACAGAACAAAGGCCUAGAAGCAGCAGAUGUUACAGAAGAAAGCUUGGAGUCCUGAUCAUAUAUGAAAGCACAGACCUUGAAUCCUCUUUAGUAGACUUCUGUGAAGCUCAUUUAGUUAUGUUUUUAUACAGGGUGGGCCAUUUAUAUGGAUACACCUUAAUAAAAUGGGAAUGGUUGGUGAUAUUAACUUCCUGUUUGUGGCACAUUAGUAUAUGUGAGGGGGGAAACUUUUCAAGAUGGGUGGUGACCAUGGUGGCCAUUUUGAAGUCGGCCAUUUUGAAUCCAACUUUUGUUUUUUCAAUAGGAAGAGGGUCAUGUGACACAGCAAACGUAUUGGGAAUUUCACAAGAAAAACAAUGAUGAGCUUGGUUUUAACGUAACUUUAUUCUUUCAUGAGUUAUUUAC